AUGUAUCUAAGCUCAAUUUUCCUACCCAGAAUCUCAAAAAAAUUUUUUACAGUCAGUUCGUUAAAUAAGGUAAAAAUACCUUCUAGUUACGCACCUGAGAUACAUGAACUUGUGCAUUCCAUUAAAGUACUUAUAGAUAAGAGAAUCAAACCCGUGGUACAACAGGAUGGUGGUGAUGUAGAAUUUAUCGCUUAUUACCAUGACACAGGGGAGGUAUUCAUCAGAUUGAGUGGUGCUUGCGUAGGAUGUAGCCAAUCGGAUAUAACAUUAAAGAGGAUGAUUCAAGGAAUGUUGACCCAUUACAUCCCUGAAGUUACUACUGUAUACAACUGCGACAAGGAGAAUAACAUUGUCAGCGGCGAAGACACUGAAGGGUACUAG